GGGUGGUUUUAAAAAUUUUGAAUUUCUAGGAAAUCCCCAUCAUUCGGAAAGGCGAAACGACACCUUCUCUCCCCAAAGUAACACACACAGGUUUCCCUCCUCGCACAUCUAUCUGAGUUAAAGUGGACAAACAGUGUCUCUCUUCUCAUCGUUUCAGCUGAACAUACAGUGUCUCUCUUCUCAUCAUCUCCGAAAGACAUGGGGGUACAUGAACUAUUCGGCUUUUGUCCCAAGUGUUGAGUGUUAUGGGUCUUAUGUCCAAGGCUCGAUGCAAAACUACUAUCGAGCUGGGGGUCUAACUGGAAGCAGCCUCUCUAUACCUACGGGGUAGAGGAAUGGUGAAGGGGCAAAGUGGGGGGUUUGUAAUGACACCCCAUAAAGUAUCCAUCUGCAUUCUUCUUCAGGUUUAUGCUCCUUCUGGUCAACUCUCUGUCCCCUAUCCGUUUGACUCCAUUUCUCAGCAUAAUCGUCUUGGGUUGUUCUUGAUUGCACUUACUAAGUCUUGUGAUGAUAUUUUGGAGCCGACAUUGGAUGAAUUCUUGAAGCUUUUAAAGGAAUUUGGUGUAUUAUAUAACUGGUUAACUGAUCAUGUAACUGGAAGGUUAUCUUCAUUAUCAUCACCGGAUGACCUCUUUACCUUUUUCAGUGAGUUACGAGGCAUCCUUGCGGGCUUGGAAACAAGCAUUAUCGAUGAUGAUCAAAUAAACUUGGAUCCAAAUAGUAACCUUGGAAUGUAUCUUCGUCGUUGCAUGCUUGCUUUCAAUACUUUGUCAUUUGAGGGUACGUGCCAUCUUUUGACAAAUAUAAAGACGUAUUGUAAAGAAGUGUUUUCUCCUUACGAAAUGUCACAUUUGGAUGACGCUAGUAAUGAUCCAGAGGCACCGUUAGAAUAUGAAAACAUGGAUUUGGAGAAUAUUGUACUUCAAAAUUUUACCGAAGAACUUGAAUCAAGAAAAAGGUCAAACGAAAGGGUUCCUUUUCAUAACCAUUCAUCAAAAGCACUCUUUAGUUUAGUUGAAGAUAUCACGGUUUCGCCUGGUCAAAAGGUCAAACGCAAUCAUAGAAGUCAAAUGCAAACACAGCCACCAAGUGUUGAAUCCUCUGACGUGCGUACAAAUUGGCAGAUACAAGGCUACAUGUCAGAGCAAGCAGACAUGAUUGAAAAGCUUGGAAGCUCUUUUCCUAUGAGUGCAUUUGAAUCGGUUUUAAAGCUUCUUCAGAAAGUGGCCCCGGAGUUGCAUCGUGUGCACUUUUUACGAUAUUUAAAUAGCCUUUAUCACGAUGAUUAUUCGGCUGCUCUGGAGAAUCUUAGUCGUUAUUUUGAUUAUAGCGCAGGGAUGGAGGGAUCUGAUUUUGUUCCCCCGUUAAGCUGCAUGAACAACGGAAGAUACGAAAUUGCUUUAUUGACGCUGGGAAUGACACAUUUUCAUUUCGGUCACCCUAAACUAGCUCUAAAGGUUUUGACUGAAGCGGUCCGCGUCUGUCAGAUGCAUAGUGAUGAUACUUGUCUUGCAUACACGUUAACCGCCAUUUGUAACCUGUUAUCCGAAGUUGGUAUCUCAAACAUAACUGGAAUCAUGGGAGCAUCAGAUUCACAUGUUUCCACAUCAAUGUCUGUUCAACAACAGUUAUUUUUGCUUCUUAGAAGAACUCUAAAAAGAGCAGAUUCCUUAAAGUUAAAGCGUCUUGUGGCUUCCAAUCAACUGGCACUGGCUAAAUUUGACUUAAAGCAUGUUCAACGACCAUUAUUAUCUUUCGGUCCUAAAGCUUCAAUUCAGCUCAGAACUAGUCCGACAAACGUGUGCAAGAAACUUAGAUUAAGUUCUCAGUUGAUACACCAAUUUGAUAAUGAAAGCUCAGUAGUGACAAUUGACGGUGCUUUGAGUACUUCAUGGUUAAAGAAUCAAAGGAAGCCGACAACUACACUGGUUUUCCCCCCAGAAAGUGGGCCCGAGAGCAACCGUGAUACGUUUUAUUCAUGGUUACAAUCAAGUUCCGUUCCUGGAUCUGUGUUGCAGCUUGUGGGGUCUUCUUAUUUAGUUAGUGCGACAUCUUGGGAGCUAUAUGGAAGUGCUUCUCUUGCUCAGUCAAAUGCUCUGCUUUUUGCCAACUGUUUUGCUGACUCUUCAAGUUCAGCUGAUCUUGCAUUGGCGUAUGGGAAACUCAUCCAACAUUUAGCUGUGUAUAAAGGGUACAAAGAAGCCUUUGCAGCCCUCAAGAUAGCAGAAGCAAAGUUUUUGUCGGUUUCAAAAUCUGGAAUCUUGCCAGUUAAGUUACAGCUGCUCCAUGAGCGCGCUUUACACAGGGGGCAUUUAAAACUAGCUCAACAAAUAUGUGAUGAACUCGGAGUUUUGGCUUCUUCUGUAACCGGUGUGGACAUGGAGAUCAAGACCGAAGCUAGUCUACGCCGUGCUCGCACUUUGCUUGCCGCUAACCAGUUUAGCGAGGCAGCUUCGGUUGCACAUUCUCUCUUCUGCAAGUGUUACAAAUUUAACAUGCAUGUGGAGAAUGCAACUGUUCUUCUUUUUCUUGCCGAAAUCCACAAGAGAUCUGGAAAUGGUGUUUUGGGAAUUCCAUACGCAUUAGCAAGCCUAUCGUUUUGCGAAUCAUUUAAUUUGGAUCUUUUGAGAGCUGCAGCCACUCUGACACUAGCCGAGCUGUGGCUGUUGCUUGGACCGAGACACGCUAAAAGAGCGUUAAACCUUAUUCAUAGUGCUUUUCCUAUAAUCCUUGGUCAAGGUGGUCUUGAGCUUCAAUCUCGGGCACACAUUGCAGAAGCUAAAUGUUACUUGUCAGACUCGAGCAUUUCAGUUUCAGAAGAUCCCGAUAUAGUUGUUGAUUCGUUAAGGCAAGCUUGUGAAGGACUUGAAGCUUUGGAGUAUCAUGAGAUGGCAGCAGAAGCAUAUUACUUGAUGGCCAUUGUGCUUGAUAAGUCUGGGCAGAUGGAACAAAGAGAAGAAGCCGCAGCCCGUUUUAAGCAACACAUUACCGCACUUGAAAAUCCCAUAAAGCCGGAAGAUCCACUUGUCAAUUUGUUGUAAUGUAACAUAUUUAUAAGUAAAUUUUGCUCCAAUAACAUUAAGGUAGUUUAAAAGUCAUAUUUAAUCUGAAAUGUUAUAUGUAAAGAAUAAGAGUUUAUUGCAGUCUGCAGUAGUAGCUUUUGAUAUGCUGUAUGUAUGUAUCAAAAUGACUUUAGACAUGUUCUCUUUAUGAUUGUCAAUGUGCAAAACAUGUGAUCUCGUUAAAGAAA